UGAUUUGUUUUCAGGGGAGGUGGCUAAAGGUUGUAAGCGUCUACAGAAUCGGUUUGAUAACAGGGACCGAGAAUGGGCCUCCUACACCUGCGUUCUGGGUUUCCAUGUUUUUGGGGUUUGGCCGGAUGGCUCGGACGGCACGGAUAUCAACUCCCUUUGCCGUUCUCACAACGAACGAGUGGUAGCCGUGGCGGACGAUUUUUGCAAAGUGCACCUCUUCCAGUACCCGUGCGCCAAGCCCAAGGCUCCCAGCCACGUCUACAUCGGCCAUGGCAGCCACGUCACCAAUGUCCGCUUCACCCACGACGAUGGCCACCUCAUUUCCAUGGGGGGCAAGGACACAAGCAUCUUCCAAUGGCGGGUCCUGGGGGGCAGCCCUCCGGCCAGCCGUUCCUUCUCCUCCGUUUCCUCGUACGAAGCUGGGUCCAGCACCUGAAGUUGCCGAAAUCCGGACCGGGAACA